AUGUUCGAACCCGUUCGCGGCGGCACUCGAGGAGGACAAGCAGAGUUCAAAUGGUCAGACGUCUCAGCGGAUAAAGACAGAGAGAAUUAUCUGGGCCAUAGUAUUAACGCACCAACUGGCCGGUGGCAAAAGAACAAGGAUGUUCAUUGGUACAACCGUGACGUCGACAAGACCGCAGAGGAAAGAGCAGAAGAAAUUAGAAAGAUAAAAGAAAUGGAAGCAGAUGCUCUGGCCGUCGCAUUAGGGUUCGAGCCAGCUUCUAAAACAGGUGGGAAAACCUCAGGCGCAAAUUCAAUCCCUGUCGCAUCAUCUUCCUCUGGCGAACCUAAAAUGGUCGACUCAAAAUCCAAAGACAAGGACAAGGACAAGGAGGAAAGGCGCCGAUUAAAGGAAGAGCGCAAGGCUGAAAAGCGUGCCAGGAAGGAACUCAAGAAGAUGAGUAAAAGCGGAGCACACGAGGUCCGCGAACUUUCCGACCACGUUCUCGCUCCCGUUCCCCCAGGUACCGUUCUACAGAAAGGCGGAGUCCUUCAGACCGGCGGCCUCGUAGUCGUAGUCGCAGCCCAACUCCACAAUCGGAACGACGUCGUAGACAUGCAGCCAGAGAAAGGGGCCCAGAACACGAUUCAAUAUACAGACCAAGAGACAGGGACGGCUAUCGAAGACGGGAUUCGACCAUCGACCGGGAUAUUUCUCCUGACCGGCGAAGUCGUGUCCUCUCUUGAACGGCAUGUCACUUGA